GUAGAGUCUAGGGAUUUUCCGCUGUUUAAUGUUCUCCUUGCAGACCUGUGACAUUCGAGAUUAUAUACAUGUACAUCUAAAUGGAACACAUACCACGACUAUCAGAGGCCGUGUAUGUAGUACUUUGUCGUAAAAUAGGGAGUCCUACACAAGUGAGGAUCAGGAGAGAAGUGAUGGACACCAUGGAGGCGGUGAAGAAACCUGUGUUCAUAAGGAGGAGUCUCAACAAAAUGAUGAGUGGGAGUAGACGUGAGGGAUUGAGAAUGAAAGGCUCAGAUACCGAUUACAUGUUUUGGCCUCCAGACCACAAAGUUAUAUGUGAUCUCUCUCAAAUCAGUCUCUAUCGUAUCUCACAACACACCGUGAUUCUGAUGGAGUAUGAUGAUUUAACUCCUGGAUUCACCAGAUUAAGUCUACUGAAUCCAUCAAAUAAUGAAAAAGUAAUAUCCUCUUGCAUAGAGAUCAAUAACAAUAUUUAUUUAUCUAGUACAUUAUUCCGAGAUAACUACCUACGAUUCGUACAGACCUAUAAUUUGUCUUCAACUUCCCAGACUCAUGGACCUUGUGCAACGUUUUGCCACAAUAAUACAAGAGAUGUAGAUUUUGCAUUCUGUCUCCAAUCCCCUCACUGGCCAGCAAUAGCUUUACCUUGGAAACAUAGAUGUCGUCAACAAAGUUGGCCGUCCGAUGUAGUUAUAUCAGAUAUAUUAAGAUCAGGAUUCCAUGUUGUUCCUAUCGGCAGCACACCUGGCAGCAUACUUGAAUGGAGAAUUUCAUUCUCCCUGGCGGAACAAAAAUUAGUUAAUGCAAUGAAUCAUACUCAGUUUUUAUGUUAUGGACUUUUAAAAAUAUUUUUAAGAGAAGUUGUUAAUUUAAAUGAAGAUUCACCCGUUCUAUGUUCAUACUUCACAAAAACUGCUGUAUUUUGGGUAAUUCAAACUAACAACUCCUUGCCUUGGACACCUGAAAACUUAUUGCCUCAUUUCUGGGAAUGCUUUAAAUUGUUAAUAAAUUGGAUAUUUUUUGGAGAAUGUCCAAACUUUUUUAUUCCAAUAAACAAUAUGUUCCGAUUUAAAGUAACUGGAUCCAUACAAACAGUAUUGUUUAAUAAGUUUUAUGAAUUAUAUUGCAAGGGUAUAUCAAGUCUGUUACUGAGUGAAACGUUAGGACUGUUUCUCAGUCAGGUCAUUUUAAACAGAACAUUGAGAGUCUGUACUGACGAGAACAGUAUCGUUACUAACACUGAACUUGAUAUUAGUUUAUUUGAGAAGUUCUGUGCAUAUAGCCAUAAAGUUUUAAGUGUUGUAGAAUUUGCAGCUUUCAUGAAAAACAUUGAAAUAGAGAUUUGUAAAAGGUUGACGCCAAACAAGGAGGCUGCACUACAAUUUAUGACGUCAGAGAUAUUACGUAACACUGCCAUGCUGAAACUGUGUGAUGAAUAUCAAAAUACAAAUCGUAAUAGGGUUUAUUACAAAGCUAGUUACGUAUCCCGAUUGUUAAAAAUCUCAUGCACAUUAGGUUGUUCCUCAGAUAUUCUAUAUCUUGCAAUGUAUUUUUAUAAAACAUGUAGAUUUGAACCGUCACUUAGUUGUUUACACAAAAGUCAGGACAGAAUGUCAAAUCCAUGCAUCGUGUACUAUGAUCACGUGAAUGAAAAUAUGUAUAGACGUUGCACGGUGGGGAUGUCUCUGUGUCAUAAAAUGAGAAUCGCUCUAGUUCUAGAUAUUAAAUUACACAGUGAAUACACAUACAUUGAUGAACUAAUUCUAGAGCAGAAGACCAGUGAGGAGAAUGGUAUAGAUAUAUUGCUCAUUCCACCUCUAGUGAUGUUACACAUGUUAUUUAUACUCAAUCACCACAGACUGGGUGACACAAUCAGGUCACAACAAUCUCUACAGGAUCUACACACUCUGUUGCUUUAUGAUGAAGGAGUGAAUGUACCAAUUUAUGAAAGAGAUAUUUCUUGGCAAAUUCUUGGAAUCUGUCAACAAAUCUUUGGGGACUUCCCGGGAGCUCUGGAAUCUUACCAACAUUCACUGCAACAGAAUUCUUUUCACAAGAUUCAGGAAGCAACGCUGUUUAGAAUUAAUUCUCUUUCUCAAUGAUUGAUGUAAACAAACCCCA